AUGGACGUGUGGGGCCCAGCCCGCGUCCGUGGUCAGGGUCAGGAGAGGUACUUCCUAAUUGUUGUUGACGACUUCUCGCGCUACACCACGGUCUUCCCCUUGUGCACCAAGGGUGACGUCCCUGAUGUCUUGAUCCCUUGGAUCCGCAGAUCUCGUCUCCAGCUCAGUGAGCGUUUCCGCUCCGAUUUCCCUGUCCUGCGUCUGCACUCUGACAGAGGUGGGGAGUUUUCCUCUGGCCUCUUGGAGGCCUUCUGUCAGCAGGAGGGCAUUGAGCAGUCGUUCACGCUUCCGGCCUCUCCACAGCAGAAUGGGGUUGCUGAGCGCCGCAUUGGCUUGGUCAUGGAGGUCGCUCCUCAACCUCUGGCCCCACUGCGUUGGACGGGAGAGGCUGGCGAUGCGUCGCGUUUUCGGGUCUGGGGAUCUCGAGCUUUUGUUCGCGAUACGUCCGCGGACAAGCUCUCCCGUCGAGCUGUCCCCUGUGUCUUCCUUGGCUUUGUCCCGGACGCGCCUGGUUGGCAGUUCUACCACGCCACCUCGCGUCGUGUCCUGGCCUCUCAGGACGUCACUUUUGACGAGUCCGUCCCCUACUACCGCCUCUUCCCCUACCGCACUGCCCCGCUCCCCCCCCCGCCUCUCUUCCUCGCUCCAGGUGCUGAGGUACCAGACCCCCUCCCCCCUCAGGGUGCCGCUCCCUCAGGUGUGUCCCAGGUAGACCCGGUUGAGCCUGUCGAGGUAGCUGUUGACUCUCGUCCUGCUGGGGGUACUGAGCCUGACCGUGAGGAGUCUGAGGGUGCUGAGCCUGGGGGUGCGGAGCCUGGAGGUGCUGAGCCUGGGGGUGCGGAGUCUGGAGGUGCUGAGCCUGGAGGUGCUGCGUCUGGGGGUGCUGCGUCUGGGGGUGCUGAGCCUGGGGGUGCUGAGCCUGACCGUGCUGAGUCUGGGGGUGCGGAGUCUGGAGGUGCUGAGCCUGGGGGUGCUGCGUCUGGGGGUGCUGUGUCUGGAGGUGCUGAGCCUGAGCGUGCUACACCUGGAGGAGCCCUCUCCUCCCAGCAGCUGCAGGAGAGGUACCUACAGUACUGCCGCCUCCGGAGAGGUACUGCUGGAGCUCGUACUAGUACUUCCCCUCCUCCCCAGGAGCUCCCCCCCAUUCAGCAGAUCCGAGAGUGGUACGCGCGGCGCUGCAGUCUUCGGAGUGGUGCUCCUGGUGCUGCAGACCCUGGGGGUGGCGCUACUGCUGGUGCUGAGGACCCGGACGUUGGAGCUGCUGCUGGUGCUGAGGACCUGGACGGUGGAGCUGCUACUGGUGCUGAGGACCCGGGCGUUGGAGCUGCUGCUGGUGCUGAGGACCCGGGCGGUGGCGCUGCUGCUGGUGCUGCGGACCCGGGCGGUGGAGCUACUGCUGGUGCUGAGGACCCGGGCGUUGGAGCUGCUGCUGGUGCUGGGGACCCGGGCGGUGGAGCUGCUGCUGGUGCUGAGGACCCGGACGUUGGAGCUGCUGCUGGUACUGAGGACCCUGCUGCUGGUGUCUCUGCUCGUUCUGGAGACGCUACGCGGCCGCGACCGUACUUCGUACCGCUCCUUCAGCAGGUUCUUGGUCAGACUCCUCCUCCUUGUCCUCCUCCCUCCGUAGAGUGUCCUCCGCCUGUCCAGUCGCAGUCACAGUUACCGCCUGUCUCGCCUCUCCCUGCUCCCUCUCCUUACACUGGUCCCACGGGAGGUCUUACAGAGCGUCGUGAGCCUGAGUCUCGUCCUGCGUCGCCUGUUCGUACUGCUCGCACUGGUCGUCGUGUCCGUCGUGAGCGUCCUCCUCCUGUCCCUGGCACUCACUACAUGACUCUGCGUCCCUCCACUGCUCCUCAGCGUGUCCCGCUACCGUCUCCUCCCGCUUCCUCUCUUCCUACUCUUCCUGACCCGGAGUCUGACUCCCGUCGUGCUGCCAGUCCCACUGUCACGCGCCUCCUCGCUACUGUUGUCACUGACCCUACCUUUGAGUCCUCUGCUGCGUCUGCGCUGGUCGCUGAGCUGGUUGACUUUGCUGCCCGGUGUCGUCUAGACUACGCUGCUAGCCUUGUCGCUGAGUCUGAGUCUGAGUCUGUCUGUCCUCCGUCCGUCGGGGGUGAGUGUGCUCUUGGCACGGACGUCCUUGAGGACAGACAGGAGGAGUUCCAGUGCCUUGCUGCUGUUUUGCCCCGUCUCGUGUCCUUACUAGUUGCCCCUGAGGGAGACCCGGAUGCUCCUGACAUCCCGACCCCGCGCACCUACGCUGAGGCGAUGGCGGGUCCCUACUCCUCUCAGUGGCAGACAGCCAUGGACGCAGAGAUGGCUUCCUGGAAGUCCACACGCACCUACGUCGACGAGGUUCCCCCUCCUGGGGCGAACAUCGUCAGUGGCAUGUGGAUUUUCAGGGUGAAGCGGCCGCCGGGUUCUCCUCCUGUCUUCAAGGCGCGCUACGUUGCUCGAGGCUUCAGCCAGCGAGAGGGAGUUGACUUCUUCCAGACCUUCUCCCCCACCCCGAAGAUGACCACUCUUCGGGUGCUGCUGCACAUAGCCGCUCAGCGCGACUACGAGCUUCACUCACUUGACUUCAGCACUGCCUUCUUAUGGGGCAGCCUACACGAGGAGAUCUGGCUGCGUCGCCCUCCUGGUUUCACUGGGUCGGUUCCUCCUGGUACCAAGUGGAGGCUCCAGCGGCCGGUCUACGGUCUCCGCCAGGCACCGCACACCUCGCUGCCGCCGUUCUACAUCCUCGUGUACGUCGACGACCUGGUCUUUGCCACUGCUGACACCGCGGCACUCGCCCACGUGAAGUCGGAGCUGCAGAGGAGACACACGUGCACAGACCUGGGGGAACUGACGAGCUAUCUUGGCUUGCGGAUCACCCGGGACAGAGCACAGCGCACCAUCACCUUGACUCAGUCACACAUGGUGCAGCAGAUCCUUCAGCGCUUCCGCUUCACGUACUCCUCGCCUCAGUCCACUCCUCUGCCUACCGGUCACUCGCUCUCAGCUCUGCCUUCGGAUGAGUCCGUAGAGCCGAGUGGCCCGUAUCCAGAGCUUGUGGGCUGUCUCAUGUACCUGAUGACCUGCACUCGACCUGACCUGGCAUACCCUCUUAGCAUCCUUGCAUGCUAUGUCGCUCCUGGCCGUCACAGGAAGGAGCACAUGGAUGCCGCUAAGAGGGUGUUGCGCUACUUGUGCAGCUACUCAGCGGUCGUCUCAGGGUUACACCUUCAGCCUUGGCUCUGGCUCAGUUUCUUGGCGUUCUACUCGCUCUUCCUCUGUUCUCAGCUCCAGUUGUGA